GUGAACAAGAUGUACGGGAACGUGAACGCACCACACAACAACUUCUCCUAAACCCAACGCUCAGGCAGGGCGUCUAUUUCCAGACUGUGAUUUGGACGUCACUUGUUUUUCGGGUUGAAUGUCGGACCACGCGACGUAAACACCGCAGCAGCACCAUGGACGCGGCUCCGGGAUGAAUCGAACCCUAUGACUGAACCAUGUAUUGUGGCGUGUUCCUGCCCCUGGCGCUUCUGCUGUCGUCGGGCCAGCUGCGGGCCAGCUGCGGCUCCCUGCUCCGGACCAUGCCCGGUGCUGGACUGUCCGGACAGACCGCGAACUACACACUGACCGGGAUGUUUCAGAACGCGGGAGACCAGUGUGACCGUGUGAUGAACAUCAGUUCCACGGACCGCUGUGCAUUUGUGAUGAACACACCAGACUGUAUCAUGGCAGAUGGAUUCAUCAACUACCUCCGUUUGGCCUUUUGUCUGCUGCCUCCCAACCUCACGCCUCUCACCAUCACACUCUGUAUUGUAUGGCUGCUCUUCCUCUUCGUCGUUCUCGGACUCACAGCCUCUAAGUUUUUCUGCCCCAACCUGUCGGCCAUCUCCACCUGUCUGCACCUCACUCACAACGUGGCCGGCGUGACUUUCCUGGCUCUUGGUAACGGAGCUCCUGACAUCUUCAGUGCCAUGGCAGCUUUCUCUCACCCACACACCGCUGGGCUGGCUGUUGGAGCCUUAUUUGGAGCUGGUAUAUUUGUCACCACAGUAGUUGCCGGCAGCGUGGCGCUGGUCAAGCCCUUUGCCGUGGCCUCCCGCCCCUUCCUACGUGAUGUCAUCUUCUACAUGGUUGCAGUGUUCUGGACUUUCCUCAUGCUGUACAGAGGAACCACGGCGCUGGCAGAAAUUCUGGGGUACUUGGGGCUCUAUGUGGUGUAUGUAUUGACUGUUAUUGUCAGUGCGUACAUCUAUAGCCGGCAAAAACAUUCAAUGAACACAAGUGUCCAGACUGAUCCACAAAUUCCAGACUUUCACUCGUCCGACUCGUCUGACGAUGACGUACCCUGCCUGAUCGGUGGGGCCGACCAGGAGUACGAGUCUGAGUACAGGCCACUUCUGCCGUACUCGGAGUCCACAAGUCAGAUCCUGCUGAGUUCCCUGAACCCAGUGGACAACAGGAAGUGGAGGAGGAAGCCGUGGGGCUGGAGAGUGCUCAAAGCUCUGAAGACGCCUGUAGAGUUUGUGCUGCUGCUCUGCAUCCCCGUAGUCGACCCUGAUAAAGAAGACAAGAACUGGAGACGUCCACUGAACUGCCUCCACCUGAUCACUGGCCCACUGGUGUGCGUGCUCACCUUCCAGUCGGGACAAUAUGGACUCAUACUGAUCCAAGGGCAGUUUGCCGUCUGGCUGCUGACGCUUCUGCUGGGAUGUUUUCUGUCUGCAAUUGUCUUCUGCACCACCACCAAUGACCACCCCCCCAAAUAUCAUCCACUCUUUGCUCUUCUGGGCUUCCUGGUGAGUGCAGUGUUGAUCAGUGCAGCGGCGUCUGAAGUGGUCAGUCUUCUGCACAUGCUCGGUGUGGUGCUCAGUCUCAGCAACACUGUGCUGGGCCUGACUCUGUUGGCCUGGGGCAACAGCAUAGGAGACUGUUUCUCCGACAUCACCAUUGCCCGGCAGGGUUACCCCCGGAUGGCCAUCUCUGCCUGCUUUGGAGGCAUCAUUUUCAACAUGCUGUUUGGAGUGGGUUUGGGAUGUCUGUUGCAGAUGGUUAAAACGCACUCCGACGUGCAGUUUGAAUCAGAGGGUUUGCUGACGUGGAUUCUCGCAGGAUCUCUGGGUUUGUCUCUGGUCCUGUCCUUCGUCAUUGUUCCAUUGAGCCGGUUCCAUUUGGGAAAGACCUAUGGGAUCUUCCUCCUCGUCUUCUAUUUCAUCUUCCUCCUCAUUGCACUGCUCACAGAGUUUCGCGUCGUCUAGACCAGACCCCGGGGCCAGGUUUAAAUGAGGAGCAUCCUGUAAUGCAAGAUGACACACAGGAGCAGAGACUGCACUGAGUGCAGAAGGACUGAUGACUUCUUCGGCACAUGAUACUGAUGCACUAUUUAUAAAAGAAUCAACAGUGCACUUGCCUUGUACGCAGAGCCAUGCUGUGGUUGGUUUGUGGAACCAAGCAGCAAAUUAAUGACACACCAAGUUUUCUGCUCAGUGAGGAGCUGAAACAAAUCACACUGUGCCUCCAUUCAGCUUCGUGUUUGUCUGAUCGGAGCUGAGAUGGUACUUUGAGUCCAGCGGGAAACAAGAGAUUGUAAAAAUCUGUUUGUGAAUUGACUAAAUGUACUAGAUUGAAAA